CAAUGUUGUCGGACAUUUGAACAUGUGCUUCAACCGCUGCUCAGGCAAGGGCUGCAGGGUGACAAAGCCCAGCUUCAUUCCUAAGGAAUAGAAACUGAAACCUCCCAUCCUGAUAUUGGGAUAUGAAAUGGAUUUUGUUAUCACUGCCCUAUACUUGUUUUCGUGUGUCGUUUGCGGUGAGGCAAUUUGAAAAAGAUGCGCUUAUCCCGUCAUUGCAAAAUCCUCGCUGGUGACAUCACUCCAAAGGUGCAAAAUGCAAGCAAUGCAAAAAACAACAACAACAAGAAGGAAGAAAUGAUAGAGUUUGGACAUUCAAAAUCGAGAGCAAAAUUGUGAGUCAUUUCACACUUUUGCGUUCAACGAGUGAUGUCAGUUGGCGAGUUCAUCUUUUGCCCUCGGCUUGACGCUUUGUUGAUCAACCCACGGGACAUGAGGUCAAAGUGAACAAGAAAUUGCUGCGUGUGUGUGUGUGCUGCUGUCGUACUUCUACUCGUUUUAAUCGGUCAUGUCGUAGUUCUUUUUUUUCCUAUAAAUAUCUCCAUCACAUAGUGAUUGUCCUCCGCCUUUCAUUUCCCCUUUUGCUGUUGUUGACAAUCUCUCCUUUAAGCAUCUUGUGCUGGUCGUUUCUCCAGCCUAGAAAGUUAAAGGGGGGCUAAUUCAUUGAUUAGAGUCACUCUCGUGGUGAUCUCCUUUUUCCGCGUCGUCAUCGCUCCAUUUUCUUUAUAAACAAACCCUCGCGGCCAACGUCCCCGCCUACGUUUUCUGUAAAGUACCUCAUAGAAAGACAACAACCACAAAAACACAGCACGGGCUGGAGAGACAAUCUCCGACGUUUCUUUUGCAACUUCAAAGCCCUAUAGUACGCGUUACAUCUUUCGCUUUAGGACCCUCAUCUCGAAAACGUCGCGUCCUUCCUCAUAGUCGACCAUGACCACAUUUCUUUUGCCGCGAUCAUCAACAAAUCUGGACGCCUCCUGGAUGUCUGCAGAAGAAGCAUCCGUUUCCUUUGUGCCACUGGCUGAUCCCCCGUCGCCGCCCACGUCACCUGCACCUGUAGCGAGAACCAUUGUCUGCGAAGGCAAGCUCUCUGUCCGAAUACUCCCCGGUCCAACAGCUCGAGGUGAUGACAGUGUACCAAAGCUUCGCAGAAGGAGUAUAGACAUUCUCCGCAAUGCUUGGGCCUCUGUUUUGACAAGUGCUGGUGGCAAUGGGAGGGACACGGUUGGUGGGGGUGCCGUGGGAAAAGUUGCAAGAUUGGACAAAUGGACCUCUGUUCACGCAUGGCUGGACGAUGCGGCUUUACUUCACAUCGAGGGCUUCCCGUCUACCACAGGUGGUGGUGCUACGAUUGUCAAGGUCGAAAGAGCAAAAUGGAGAAUGAGCCAGGAUUGGGCCGUGGGAAGAAAAAGUGCCGAUCAUGCAGUGACUGUAAAAGUGACUAGUGCGCAACCAAGGAAGAGUCUGGAUGUGUGGAACAGAAGGAGUUGGAGUGUUGAAGCGGAAACUUGGAAUUAUGAUGAAGCCAAAUCCCGGCGACCCUCCCAUCCCACCAUCCUUUUUAACCCCAUCACUGCAGCCCAGCAAAGCACUCCCCACACAACGUUCCGGGUCUUGUCCCUCGACAGAGAUCCAAGCGGCACCAUCCUUCUCUUGCAUGUCGAACCAUACGAAGAUACUUCCGUCCCAAACAUGGACAGUCCCGCGACCGGACAAUUGACAACGCUCUAUCUGCGCUUCAAAUCGAGCGCAAAGCUAGAUCGGUGGCGUGCAGCUUUCUCGCUCGCGCUGUGCGUCGCGCAGGCGCGCUCUGAGGCGGAAGCAGCUCAAGAAGUGGAAAGAAAGCUGGCGGAGGUGGAUGAGGCGAGAAAGGCGGCUGAAAUUGAAAAGCAGAAGGUUGAAAAAAAACUGAAAAAAGAAAAAAAGGAGUGGGAGAAGAAGGUUCGAGGCAUGUUUUCUGCUGAGGAAGUGCAAGAUGUGUAUCAGGAAACGGCAGACCAACUUUCCGAAGCAGAAGCAAAAAUGGCAGAAUUGGAAGCCAAACUCGUCCAGGAACAACGGGCCAAACAGGAUCUUCGUCGUGAGCUCGACCAACUUCGCGCCGCGACAGAGGGUCCCGUUGGUGAAUACAAUACCCUCCUCUUGAGACAUGAAGAACUCUGCCGGAAAUAUGAGGAACAAAAGCGCGAGAAUGUACUCAUACGGGCUUUGUAUGAGAAGGAACUCGCUGCUCAUAAACGUUUGGCAGCAAUCCUACGAAAACAAGCCUCUGACAAUGUCCAAGCUGCUGAAGAUCUCGCGCAGGCUCAGCUUCAAGGGUUAUUGUCACCUCCCAUGUCACCAACGCCGCUCUCACGAUCCAUAUCACCUGUACCGCUGUCUCCUGCAGAUACUGUUGUGAGCUUUUCUGGAAGACAGUGAUGAUGUUCCACACGGUAGCUUUCACGCACACGUUCUCUUCUUUGCUGGUUCCUGUGUCCUCUUUUUUUUUUUCUUUUGUCUUUUUGUGUAUAUACUGUAGUGUAAACAUGGCUAUGAUGGCGAGUACUGGCGGGUUGGAUUUUUACAUGUAAAUUGCAAAACUUGACCUAUGCAUUUUGAUAAACAUUCAAA